CAGUGAAGAGUAGUUUAGGAAGACUCGACUCCGAACACCCGGACCUGCUAACAGCUUUUAGCUUCAGAGAACACCUGGAGGAUCGAACACAGAAGAAAACCGCGGUGAAAAAAUCUGGAUUGCUCUUUGAAAACAAGGAAAAACGGUGCUGAUGGAAAUAAAGCCACGCCGAAACGCUAGUGAGGAUCAAACAUUUCAUCCGUGUAAGUGGUUUCAUCAGCCGCUGUCGCGCUGUUGAUAAAGCAGUCUUAAAACAGGUUGAUAGCUGAGAUUCCCAGAGGGAAUCCACCGAAGUAGAACAUCUGGUGAGGGAUCUUCAUACACACCGAGGCCGGACGGAGGGCCUGGUCGCUCGGAUGCUCCUCUUGGACGGCUGAUCUUCCACCCUGGAGUCUUUUCUGAGCUCCACCAUGGGAGGAAGCAGCAGCAGGAUUCUACAGCUGUGAAGAUGACACCAUGACCUUAGGAGGAACAUAUGGACCUCCAGCACCAUAUUUCUCAUGAUGAUGCACACUUACUUUGGAAAGGAAGGCUUCGCUCCACUGUACCCCUGUGGGACAUUAACACACUUCUCCACUGCGUCAUGGGGGUUCUAACCCAUCAGAGACGGUGCUAAUGGAGGGCGUCUCCAUGGCGAACAUGUCCCUGGGCUCUGGGUCCUCGCCGCAGCCAGUCGCCCCGACGGAGAAGUCCUUAGCAAUUGCCCCAGGCCUCGGCCUACCUCUGCAGGUCUUCUUCAGCCUCGUCAUGGCAACCAUCCUACUGGUGGCCCUUGCAGGAAAUGUGGUGGUGUGCCUGAUGGUGUACCAGAGAUCUGCCAUGCGCUCCGCCAUCAACAUUCUCCUGGCCAACCUGGCGUUUGCAGACAUGAUGCUGGCUAUCUUCAACAUGCCGUUCGCUUUAGUCACUGUUAUGACCACUACCUGGAUCUUUGGGAACACUUUCUGCCGGCUGUCUGCCAUGCUCUUCUGGUUGUUUGUGAUUGAAGGUGGAGCUAUUUUGCUUAUAAUAAGUAUUGACAGAUUUCUGAUUAUUGUCCAGAAACAAGACAAGCUCAGCCCACAGAAAGCCAAGCUGCUCAUUGUGAUCACCUGGGUGCUCUCUUCGGUUUUCUCCUCUCCUUUGGCUGUAGGUUCCCCUCGCCUGCAAAUCCCCCCCAGAGCCCCUCAGUGUGUUUUUGGUUACAGCGCUGACCCAGGAUACCAUGCUUACGUCUUGAUCCUCAUGUUAGUUUUCUUCUUCAUACCUUUUCUGGUCAUGCUGUACACAUUCAUGGGGAUCCUGAACACCAUCCGCCACAACGCCAUUCGUAUCCACAGCCACCCAGACAGCAUGUGUCUGAGCCAGGCCAGCAAGCUGGGCCUGCUGAGCCUACAGAAGCCCUUCCAGAUGAACAUAGACAUGAGCUUCAAGACCCGUGCCUUCACCACCAUCCUCAUUCUCUUCUCCAUAUUUACAGUGUGUUGGGCGCCCUUUACUACCUACAGUCUGGUGACUACCUUCAGUUUUGGCUUUUACCACAAAGACAGUUUUUUCCAAAUUAGCACAUGGCUCUUGUGGUUGUGCUACCUCAAGUCUGCCCUGAACCCUCUCAUCUACUACUGGAGGAUCAAAAAGUUCCGAGAUGCCUGCCUCGAUCUGAUGCCCAAAUACUUCAAGUUUCUUCCUCAGCUGCCAGGCAACACCAAGAGACGCAUCCAGCCCAGUGCUGUGUAUGUAUGUGGAGAGCAUCGCUCUGUGGUUUAAAGGGAAAAUCCAGUCUUAUAAUAUUGUUAGAAACCCCACUUUCAAUCCAUGUAACUUGCAUUUGAGGUUGCUUGGUACUUUAUUUCUCUCAGUAGAAGCUCAGGCUGAAAGUAGCACUGCUUUGAAAAGCCAGGGGGCCGAGUUGGUAUAAGUAGCUGCUGAAGGGACAGACUCCUAGAUACUUAGGAGAUCUGUUUGGAGUGUUCUCAUGUGCAGUGUGAUAUGGGAACACUGCAUAUACCCAGGGGUUUAAUCUAAGGAUGCACGCAUAUUCAAUAUUAAUACUGCUAUUAUUAUCUGAUACUUACAGAUAUUUUAUAUGUUAUAUGUAUUUCCGUACACUUUUGACACUGUGUAAAAGCGACCUCACAACCUACAUUGCUUUUCUACUUUAAACUCCCCAUAAUCUUUUCCUGCAAGUAAAUACCACAGCUAUUACCACAAGCUAUACCCCUCUUGAAACACAUACACAAACAGCAACAAGAUGGAAGGAAACGUUGGUCGUUUAAAUUUUUCAGCAUUUCUAUGUUUUUUCUAGAAAACAUGAAUUUAUCCCAAAUAUUUUUCUCAAACAUUUUUGACAUUUUGAUUUCGAUAUUGUGUUCUACCUGAACCUAAAGCCCCCACCUAAACCUAAAAUGGGGAUGGUGGUACUAGCUGUCCUGCAAUCGGUGGUUUACCCGUUAAAGUCCCACUCUGUCCACUUCUGUCAAUGAGUUCUUAGCUAAGAUAUUUCACCCGCAUUGCUUGCUGAUGGUGUUCAGUGGUACAUGGCAGCCACUGUAAGUGUGCCCUAGGGCCAUCACCACUGUGUGAAAGGGUGAAUGUCUGAAUGUAGUGUGAAGUGUUUUGGUGUCAUUUUGGUGUCCACUAUACAGUACAGGUCAUUUACCAAAGUCCCCACAAUGCUGUGCGUCUAUCAGUCACCACCAUCCAAAAAGGAAACAAGAAAGUUUUUCCUUUUUGAAACAAGCUUCUCAUUCUAAACAACUGCAGUUUUCAGUGACUCCUCGUCAGUUGCAGCUUGCAAUUAAUCCCAUCACAUCAGAACCUGCUGUUUACAGGCUGUGUGUACAGAUGGAUGCAGUUGGGGAACAUUAUCAGACAUAAGUCAACUUAUCACAACUGUGAUGUCAUCAUUGGCAACCAGUCUGUUGCUUGGUGACUGAGCAGGAAGAAGUUAUUCAGACCCAAACAUGUCCUUUGAGAUUAAAAUUUCUGAUCUUAAAUUUUGAUCUUCAAUGGUCCUAACCUGUCAUAAACAGGCACUGGUCCUAAACAGUGCCUGGUUAUGGCCUUAACAUUGCAUAGUAGAUGUUAAGGUUCUACUAGCAUGUUUUCAGAAAUAUCCUGCCUUCCAUCUUAAUGCAUGAUUUAUAAUUACAUUUACAUCUCCCAUUGAAGUUGUUAUCUCCCCCAGUCUUAAAUCUUGAAGCUCACUGUAUUGGGGAAAAUGGAAGUGUGGUUGCAUUUUGAGUCUGUAUUCCCAGCUUGAAUAAUCAAACAACCAUUAAAAUCAUCUUAAAUCAAAGACACUUCCACCUUCAGAGGCUGCUUUUGUAUUAGAAAGAUUUUAUUUUAGUAAGAAGUGAAAUUGAGUCCAUGUACAGGUUUCAGGUCUAUUAUACGUUUGUACCAAAGUUGCAUUGAAACUUAAGAAGCUAUAUGAGACUUUGGCCAAAAUUAAGCAAUAUGUCCACAGGCACAGGAACUGUGGUAUCUUCUCUCUUAAACAAAUUUACACUGCUAGAAUUAGGCAAAAAUAGAAUAAAACUUUGUAGGGUUGUUAUAAACAAUAAUUUUACUAUUUGAGUAUUGUAUCCAUUAUUCUCUCAAUUAAGCGAGUAAUUGAAUAAAAAAUUUCAUAAAAUAAAAUACUGGCACAUACUGCCCAAAAUCGGCCCAAAUUUAUAUAUUUGAGCUACAGGAAAGCAACUACUUUCCUGUAGCUUAAAAAAUUAUAACAGGUGACUAAUUUAACUUUGACAAAAAUUCUGUCAAAAUCUUAAAUUAUAUUCAGUUUAAUAAUAAAACAGCAGGCUCACAAAGGCUCUCAUGUCUCUCAUCUUCAGUCAAUUUAAUAGGUGAAGUCUCACUUUGCCUUUGCAACCACUUCUAGCUUUUGUGUCCAACUGCACGAUGGGAUUUGGCACCUUUCGUUACACACAGAACCAUGUAUGUCGCCAUCCAUUUGUUGUAUCCAUGGUAGUAAAUUUAUUUUCUGGUUUGUCCGUAACGCUACACUUACUCAGCCUACUGAGUUCUGUCUAUCUGCAUCAGUCUUUGCUCCACCCAUAUUCCCACCGUGUUCCGAACCACCAACUAGGCAAAAGAACUGCUGUCAUACUCCAUGCCAAUCAUUUUCAGGAUGCUCUUUGGUGUCCCGAAAAACGCUAAAAGCCGGACUUUAUCAUCAAUCAAUGAACUCCCGUUGGAUGCCUCGGAAAAACUUGAAAAUUGGAGGUUAUGCUUCUAGCAUAACCUGAACAAGUCAAAGCUGGACGUGAGAACGUUACGCAACAAAAAUAAUCACCUGUCUGUAACACGCUGCGCUAAAUAGUAAAACAUAACUUAACAAAGCUUUGAGGAAGGUAAUGUGACUCGAGGAAUUUUAAUAAUCAAGGUACUGAAAACAUUUGAGUACCUCAAAUGAUUCGUGACAGGUUUGAUCACUUUCUUCUCCACAUCUCAGCUUAUCUGAGCAUUUAAAGAAGUUGAUUUUUACAAAAAGCAAAUGAAAAGACUUUACUGAACCAGGAAUGCACUGAAUGACUUGUACUCUGUGAGAGUAAUGUUUGGAAAGUAAAGGAGAGGCUGACUUUUUAUUGACCCUGCCUGUUUUCUAACACUGAAAAUGAGUCGAUGGUAGGGAAACAGCAUGUACUAUAGUGUGAAUUUAUUUUUUGUUUUUUAAGCAUGCAAAUGAACAGCUGAAGUGCCACAGCUCAUUUCAAAUGUAUAUUUGUAUUUUUUAUGUUUUCAUUGUGCCUAUUAAUUAGUCUGUUGCCAGUCAGAAUGCUGCUAUUAUCUGGUGAAAAUGUGCAAUUUUGGUGUACUGUACUGUUGAAUGUAAUAAAGACCUAGACAUUUCUUACAUUGGUAAA